AUGGCAGGCAAUAGUUCACGCGUGACAAAGCGUUCUCUGAAUGCCUGCACCCGAUGUCGCAGGCAGAAAAUCAAGUGCUCGGGAUCCCAGCCUUGCGAUGGAUGCAACAAGCGCAAGUUAACAUGUAUUUUUGACGACCGUGAUCAGAAGAUCCUGGUGACGAGAGGGUAUAUCGAUGAAUUGCAUCACAAGAUAGAGCUUUUACAGCAGUCUGGCGAGCGUAUUGAUCCGGUUCCCCUGAGCCCGGAUUACGCGGAGGAUCGAUCUCCUAAUCUCAAGGAAGAUUCACCCCAGCUCUCCCGGUCAUCACCUCAAGAGCAUGAAGACCCUCAAAUUCACAACGAAAUUGAAGACCCGGCUUCGGGACUCACCAAUCCGCUCUCGACCGGCCCUCCAGCCUUCAUGUCGGCAGACAAUGGGAGAACAUUCUACCUAGGAACAUCGUCCAACUGGUCAUUUACUCGCCGAGUACUAAGCCUCACUCACGAGCACGUUUACCAGGAAGCGCUACCCACGGGGGCGUUGAUAUUCGACGGCGCAACCUACGAUCUCGGCUGGGACGGGCUACGGAGCAGCCAUGGCUCAGAAGUCCCCGCUGUCCCGACAUUCGACCAUGCCAUGUACUUGAUCAAUGUUGUGAAAUUCCGCUGUGGACAGCUGUAUCAUCUAUUCGACGAGAAUGAAUUCAUGACCAAACUGCAUGAAUUCUACACUGAACCGAAACCCCACGCAACGACCGGGCUGUGGUAUAUCCACUUUCUCCUGGUUCUUGCCUUCGGAAAGGGGUUCGUGAAGCACAAGGUACAGGGGAAUCGGCCCCCGGGCGCGGAUUUCUUCGUGAAGGCACUUCAAAUGUUGCCGGGUGUCAGUGUUCUUCAUGAAGAACCGAUCGAGUCUACUGAGGUUCUUUGUUGCAUUGCGCUUUACCUGCAGGCUUUGGAUUGCAGGUCUUCGGCGCACAAUUAUAUUGGACAAGCGAUGCGGAUGGCGAUGGCAGAGGGCAUGCACACCCAGAUGCCGAUUGAAUACCUCGGGGAGAACAUGGUCCAAAGAUGUCGCAAAAUCUGGUGGACAGUGUACAUUCUCGAUCGCGAGAUGACAUCUUUGAUGGGCCUUCCCCAGACACUCAACGAUGAUCAUAUCAACACCCUUCUACCCUCAUUCCCGGGCUCGGUACAACGAACCGCCGCGAUAGGAAUGCACAUUAAAAUCUCUCGCAUCAUUGCUGAAAUCAAUGGCACGGUAUACGCCAUCGACGGACGCAUCAACCGAAACUUCCUCCUCCGCACAAAAUCCGCCCUCGCAAGUAUAGCCAGUCUGGCCGACGAGCUCCGCAGAGCAUUUCCUCUACACAUGGACCGAGAGAUCAGCGGCGUCUCCCGGAUAUCCGCCUACCUUCACCUCCUCUAUCACCAAUGCAUCGUCCUCGCCACCCGACCACUCCUCUUCUGCUUCUUGAAAAUCCGCUUCGAGUCGCCCGAGAACUGCGUCGACGUUCUCAACACCUCACGCACAGUCAGGAACCUGAUCCAAAUGUGCAUGGACUCUUCCCAGCAGAUCAUCUGCAUUCUCCACAGCCUUCAAUCAGAAGGACUCCUCGAAACCUUCCUCUCCUUCGACCUCGAAUCAAUCUUCGUCUCAACAGUCGUCCUCCUAAUGGGCCCGGCAAUCGACACCCGCUGGACCUACCCCUUCUGGCUUGAAAAAGCCUAUGCAAUCUUCGAAGACAUAAUCGACAGCGGGAACCUGGUGGCCAAAUUCCGACGAUCCGAGCUCCAACUCCUCGACGAACUCCUCAGCUGCUUCCCACAAGAACACCCGCGCUGCCUCUCGGCGCCAGUCUCAUUCCCAAAUGGCGUCCUCAAUAACCCCGAAGUUCCCCUCGCCACCUCCUUCCCACCCUCGACACAAGCACACGCACUGGACCACGACAUCCUCUCUGACCCCGGCAUCACGAUGGGCGGGAGCGAUUUCACGAGCCGGUUGACGGCGGAGCAGAUUAUGGCUGUCGCGGACUCGAUUGAGAGUAUUGAUACGGAGUGGAUGUCGAAUGCGAUGAUUGAGCAUAGUAUCUGGUAG